UCCCUCCUCCUCUCGCUCGCUCUCUCACUCUCUUUCUCUCUCUCCACCCCCUCCCUCCAGAUCCUCUCUCUUUCUCGCUCUCUCUCUCUCCACCCCCUCUCGCUCUCAGGCUGAGGCGGUUGGUUCACUCCACUAUGCUGUGUAUGCCUGGGACGCAGCAGUGAGAGAGAGAGAGGGAGAGAGAGAGAGAGGGCUGUGUGAAAGAGAGGGAGCUGUUAUUUAGGUCUUUUACAGCAGACAGGGAGCAGCUUGCCCUAGGGCGAGGGGAGAACGAUAGAGCAACAGAGAGCUCAGAGGAGCAGCCACAGCCAGGCAGGAACCAGCCCUGCAUUCCAGACAAGGGGAAGGGAAAAGGGGGAACAGAAGUUCCAGAAGGAAAGGAGAGAACAGGAGAGAGAGAGAGAGAGAGAGAGAGAGAGAGAGAGAGAGAGAGAGAGAAGGAAGGAAGGAAGGAAAGGAGGGAAAAGGUAGCAGGAGGCAGCAACACAUCAGAGCUACAGGAGGGGUUUGAACCAGGACCUUUGCUGUUGUUGUUGUUUUUGUACUACAGUGAGGUGACCUAGCUACUCCAGGAGGAAGAAAGAGGGGUAGGUAGAGCAUCAGGGUUUAUCUGUGUGUUCUCAGGAGGUAGGGACUAGCGAAGUGGUACUGUAACAGUAGAAGGAGGGUUAAAGCUCCACCACCAUGUUUGACUGUAUGGAAGCUCUGGGGAUGGGCCCCCGCCAGCUUUAUGAUGUCACCAGCCGGGGUACGUGCAUGCUGCGGAAGGCAAGCCCCUUCUUCGCGGGCCUGGACCCCUUCGCCUGGACCGGCAGCGCCAGCGUUCAAUCGGUGGAGACCCAGAGCACCAGCUCAGAGGAGAUGGUCCCCAGCUCUCCCUCUCCACCUCCCCCGCCACGCAUCUACAAGCCCUGCUUCGUGUGCCAGGACAAGUCCUCCGGCUAUCACUACGGGGUCAGCUCCUGUGAGGGCUGCAAGGGCUUCUUCCGGCGCAGCAUCCAGAAGAACAUGGUGUACACCUGUCACCGGGACAAGAACUGCCAGAUCAACAAGGUCACCAGGAACCGCUGCCAGUACUGCCGACUGCAGAAGUGCUUCGAGGUCGGCAUGUCCAAGGAAGGUGAGAGACCAGUGCGCAACGACAGGAACAAGAAGAAGAAGGACGUGAAGGAGGAGUUGGUGCCGCCGGAGAGCUAUGAGCUGAGUGGAGAACUGGAGGAGCUGGUCAACAAAGUCAGCAAGGCCCACCAAGACACCUUCCCCUCACUGCUGCAGCUGGGCAAAUACCACACCGUAAGAGUCUCACACAUUUGGAACUCCAGUGCAGAGCAGCGCGUGCAGCUGGACCUCGGGCUGUGGGAUAAGUUCAGUGAGCUCUCCACCAAGUGCAUCAUCAAGAUUGUGGAGUUUGCCAAGCGCCUCCCCGGCUUCACCACCCUCACCAUCGCUGACCAGAUCACCCUCCUCAAGUCAGCCUGCCUGGACAUCCUGAUGUUGAGGAUCUGCACGCGCUACACCCCAGAGCAGGACACCAUGACUUUCUCCGACGGGCUGACCCUGAACCGGACCCAGAUGCACAACGCAGGCUUCGGCCCGCUCACAGACCUGGUGUUUGCCUUCGCUGGCCAGCUGCUGCCUCUGGAGAUGGACGACACAGAGACUGGCCUCCUCAGCGCCAUCUCCCUCAUUUCUGGAGACCGUAUGGACCUGGAGGAGCCCCAGAAGGUGGACAAGCUGCAGGAGCCCCUGCUGGAGGCCCUGAAGAUCUACGCCCGUCGCAGACGCCCCAACAAACCACACAUGUUCCCCCGCAUGCUGAUGAAGAUCACUGACCUCAGAGGCAUCAGCACCAAGGGGGCCGAGAGGGCCCUCACUCUGAAGAUGGAGAUCCCAGGCCCCAUGCCUCCUCUGAUCAGGGAGAUGUUAGAGAACCCAGAGGCCUUCGAGGACCAGACAGAGAGCAGUGGAGAGAGCUCCCCUCCGCCUGCCCCUCCACCCGCUCCACCAGCCUCCACCAAGCCCCCCGCCACCAUGAAGACUGAGGCCGAGGACGAGGAGGACAGCUGGGGGACAGAGAACGGCAGUGAGCCCUCCCCAGAGGAGGAAGAUGAGGAUGAUUAUGAUGAUGGGGAGGAAGAGGACAGGGGCUCGGACAGUGAGGGGGAAUCCUGGGCUCUGGAGAGUGGCAGCGAAGGGGAUAGGAAGAGCCGUGCCAGGAGGGCGCAGUGAGGAGGGGAGGCGAUCACACACAAAUACAGUCUGUGCACUCAAAUACACACACUAACUGACGUAAUCAUACACACGCACACACACACACACACACACACACACACACACACACACACACACACACACACACAGACACACAUACACCCACCUUACCCCUUCCAAUGCUGGCCCUCCCUCGCUUUCCUCUGUAUCCUCUCCAUCUCCCUACUGCACAUCAGUCUCUACAAGCAGGACAUGACAGGACAGCAGAGACUUACACCUAACUGUACAGUCACUAUAACUCAGGUUCUCUGACUCACAGGUUCCUGAUAAGUAACAUGCAGACACACAGAGAGACCUGCAGAGAUACUAUUAUAAAAGAGAGACGACAUGAUGCAACCGACUGGACUCAUGAGUCCUGAUAUAGAGAAGAGGGAAGAUGGCGUGAUGGCAACCGACUGGACUCGUGAGUCCUGAUAUAGAGAAGAGGGAAGAUGGCGUGAUGGCAACCGACUGGACUCGUGAGUCCUGAUAUAGAGAAGAGGGAAGAUGGCGUGAUGGCAACCGACUGGACUCGUGAGUCCUGAUAUAGAGAAGAGGGAAGAUGGCGUGAUGGCAACCGACUGGACUCGUGAGUCCUGAUAUAGAGAAGAGGGAAGAUGGCGUGAUGGCAACCGACUGGACUCGUGAGUCCUGAUAUAGAGAAGAGGGAAGAUGGCGUGAUGGCAACAAAAACAAAAAGCGGACUCUUUGACAACAAAAAAAUCAUCACAUUUUUUUACUAUCUUUUUGUUUGUAUCUACAUAGAAGAAUGGCCAAAACAGAAAGCGUGAACUGAACAAUAGACUAUUUCCAACGGAUGCAAAGCAAAACACGUUUCUCAAAAAGACAAACGCAGGAUGAAACCAAACUGAAUAUGCUAAUCGAUUUUUCUGCUGUUAUUUGCUUUUGAAUACUGUUCAAUUUGUUUUUUCUUGACUUUUCUUUCUCUCUCAAUGUAUUAAUUAGUCCAUACAUAUCUAUAUAUACCAUUAUAUUUUGUUUGUUUGUAAUCCUGGUUUUGUAAAUGAUUUCUUUAGAUGAGGUUUUGUUUUUUGAGGAGUUUCCCAUUACUACGGAUAUCCAGAGAGAGAGACGAAUCAGAAUCCGAACUGGCAGACCUCGAACUGAAUCUUCUUUCCAACUGCGCCGCUGGUGUUUUUUGGGCAGUUUUGCGCGCCGUAGAUGUCAAUGAUAAUCAACUCAGUAAUGUUGUGUUACAGUGACUAAAGUUGUGGAGUUGUGUUGUUUAUCAGGGGACUAGCAUUCAUCUAUGUGCUUCCUUUCAACGCAACAAACAAUGCUGUCGAAUGGAUAGUGUCUCAGUGCCAAAGUUAGCAACUCAACACACACUGACAUGUAAAAGUACACACACACACACACACACACACACACACACACACACACACACACACACACAUACUAAACCUCGAACCUAUAACAAAUGUGCCAUUUUGGCUUUGUUUGGUAGACAGAGAUUGACAGUUGGCCGUAGCACUUGGCUGUGGCACUUUGAUAUCUUGUUUUAUACAAUGCAUCUUUAUUGCCCAAUAUUGACAGUACAGUCAAUGGCAAUCUCAUCUUAUUCAGCAGUCAUGCAAUUAGCGAACACAACGGAAAUGUAGAGAACUAUCAUCAUUAAAAUGCCUGUGAAACCCGAAGCACUAUUUAACAACGUGCACAAGCAAACACUCGCUGACACAUGAUCAACACACACGCAGACACACGCAAGUUCAAACCAGGAACUUUUAGUGGCAACGACAUGAAAACAGACUUCUCAGGGCUUCUCUGUUACUAAGGACCAAACCCUAGCGGCCGCCACGCUGUAGGGUGCGCUAGGAACAGGCAAUAUUUAUGUGUGUGUAUUUUUGACUCAAGUCAGUGGGAUCUGACCAGUAAACUCCUAGCUCGGUGUACAUAGAAGAUAGAUGACUGGUCUAACAAAUGGCGUGGAUGCCAGCCAGCCUGUUACCCUUUUCACACUAUCAUGCCAACCCAAACCAAACCAGUGCUGGCAUGGGUAUUCUAUUUUCACAUGGUCCUUUCCAGCACAGUUCCAGGAACUACGGUGGCUGCAGAGCCAGGCCAGCUCUGUCCGGCUCAGUUUGGCUCGGCUCACUGGUGUGAAAAGCAUCAUCUGUCUCAGACCUGGCAUCCGAGAAACCAACUGCCUUCUCAUCCGAAGCCAUGACAUCAUCAUGUCUUUGUAAUGUUGCAGGAUUGUACCCCCGCUCUCUCGUCUUCUUCAGUGAAGUGGCAGGCCCCAUGUGUCCUCCCGUCAUUUUCUUCCUCUCUUGCCAACGUGUCUCAGUCAAUAUGUAACCAACGGUUCAUGAUGCAGCUGGCUACGUGUACAUUCCAGAGUUUUGUACACAGUAUCGCUAGGAAGAUACAGUAUAUGACCAGGAGCGCAACAGACUCCUCCCAGCGGUAGAGAAAGAGGGCCUUACUGUACAGUUCUCUCUGAAUGUGGCCCACCUGGUUGGUUUUUGAGUGUGUGUACAGGCUUUAACAUGUCUCCUCUGUCAUCGGGUGGAUGUUCUCUGUACGGCGCUGUGGCGUCACACAGGAGCGCUUGAGGAGCAGAUCCGGCGAGGUUUGAUGACCUCAUUUCCUCUCGGCCUGCCCUGCCAGGCCUUCAUGAUGCAAACGUUGCGAUUAUGCUGUUUUGGUGCCGGUGUUCUCUGUAAAACAUGGCCAGGGUAUUGUCCAAUCUUCUGUUCAUACCAACUCUGUCAUACAACGAAAAAGCCAUAUGAACUGUAAGGCACAAUAAAUUACUUUUGUGAGAUUAAUAACAUA